AUGGAUCUGAAGACGAAGGAUGGAUCUCCCGCGGAGGACGGGGAGCUGGAGGACGGAGAGAUCUGCGACGACGAAGCCGAGGAGAGUGUGCCGACACGGCGGGGGGAUGGGAGCAGGCCCGGCGGCGCUGCUCCGCGGAGCCGGAAGCCGCACCAGCACCCGCACGGCCUGCUGCCGCACCUGGGCCACCCGCCGCCGGACCUCCGCCUCAUCAUGCCCUACGGCCUCGGCCCUCACCUCGGCCCUUUCCCCCCGAACCACCGGCAGCAGUGCGGGCCGAGCGGCCCGGACCGGCCUCCCGCUCCCUCUCCGCCGCCGCCGCCGGCGCUGCCUCCCGGGCUCGGUCCGCACGGCGAGCCAAGCCCGCGGUCCAGCUUCUGGGAGCGGAGCCACGGAGCCCUGGGCCGCUUCAGGCACCGGGUCGUGCCGAACGGUGGACGCGGGGCCUGGAGCCGCGGCGGCCGCGGGGGGAACAGCCGCGCUCCCCCCGGUCGCUACGGCCCCGGAGAGAGUCACGGCUCCCCCCAGAGGAAACAGAAGCCUCUGGGGAGGAACCGGCCCAGAAAAGUUCUUCACAGUGUUUCCAAACCAGAGAACAGUGUGGACGAGUCCUUCGAGGACCUGCUGUCCAAGUACAAGCAGAUCCAGCUGGAGCUCGAGUGCAUCCGUAAGGAGGAGACCAUGGCGUUGGAGCCGUCGGCGCCACCGGGUGACACCGCCGGGCUCCAGGAUGCCCAACCAGAACCAGCCCAGAGCCCGGCCGCAGCAGAGGGACCGUCAGAGCCGGACCGAGCCGAGAGGAAAGUGUUCCAGGCCUUCAACAUCAAACCGCUGCGACAGAAACUCCCCACAGCCAACCUGGACCAGCUGCAGAGGAAGUGGGUGGAGCAAGGCAGAGGGGGUGGAGCUAGCACAGAAGUUGCAGACGGAACCUCAGUGGAUGGACCAGAACCUGCAGGUGGCGCUGCAGAGGAGGCAGAGCACAGAACCAGUUCUGUGUUUUCAGCCGCAGACGGAACCGCAGAGGACGGACCGGAACCUGCAGGAGGCGCUGCAGAGGAGGCAGAGCACAGAACCUGCGAAAACUGUGGAACCAACAAACCUCUGCGAUCCUGCUGCAGAGCGUCUUCAGCCUCCAGCGAGGAGUCCACGACCACGGAGAAGCGGGUGGAGGAGGAGGAACUGUCGGAGCUGCAGCUGCGUCUUCUUGCUCUGCAGUCGGCCAGUAAGAAAUGGCAGCAAAAGGAGCAGCAGGUGAUGAAGAAGAGCAAAGAGCGAAUCACGAAAGCUGCUCAGGAGAAGAGCUCCGGGUCUGGGUCGGGCCCCGGCACCGCUCCACCCGGCAGGCAGAGGGUCACCACCAGGUCGGCCUCCUCUGCUGCUGCUGCUGCUGCUGCAGCUGCAGCUGCUGCAGAGAGGAACCGGACCAGGUCCAAACCUGUGGACAGGGACCGGGACCGACCCAAAACCGGGCCCAGACUUCCGGAGAGGGACAGAGACAGGAACAAACAGGGUCCCAAACCUCCGCUGGACCGGGGCCGGGCUCCAGGAAAACCUCACAUCACCAAGAAGAUGAUCAGUCCAGGUGAGACGGGUCAAUUCCGGUAUACUGGGAUCUCUGUGUUGUCGGUACCUGUGCUGAUGUUGGUGUUGCUUCUACAGAAGACCUCCAGCGGACCUCCGUCUCCCAGUUGCCUGCCUCCUGCAGACGUCCAGCAGCCGACCAGAGGAAACCUGAGCACCGUCAGCCUGAACACGGUGCCUCAGUCUCGGACCAACAAGUUCGGCAGAGGGCAUCACGCUGCCAGAGCUCCUCUGGUGCUGCCCAGACACAAGUCGGUGGUGGUUUCCCUGAACGACUCGGACGACAGCGACUCGGACCUGGAUGGCUGCAGCUCCACGCAGACGGUGUUCGGAGGGCUGGAGUUCAUGAUCAAGGAGGCCAGGAGGACCGUGGAGGCAGCAAAGCCUAAAGCAGCAUCAGGAUGUGAGAAGGAGAACAACCCGGUCAGAACUCCGGAAGCUUUACCUGAAGCCAAGAAGGCCGAAUACCGUCUGCUCAAAGAGGAGAUCGCCAGCAGGGAGAAGCAGAAGAUGAAGGACCACAGUCUUCCUCCUCGGAGCUCCGCCUCCUCCGCUGCCUCUGAUUCGCUGAUCGACUCAUCGCUGAAACCUGCUGCAGAGCUGAAGCUGGCCGAGGCCGAACAGAGACUCAGCAAGCACAGGGAGCUGCUGCAGAGGGACGAGGCUGUUCUCAGACAUCUGCUGCAGCAGGAGCUGAAGAAAACAGAGUCUCUGAAAGCUGCAGAGGCCAAAGUGUCCAAACUGAGGGAGCAGCUGCAGGCGUCGGAGAAGAUCGUCAGCGCAAACCGGACGCUGCUGAAGAAGCUGCAGGAGCAGGUCCAUCGGGUUGAACACAGAGUCUCCAUGAAGAAGAGUCAGGCGGUCCGAUUGGAGCAGGAGCUGCUUCAGGCCCAGCUGGCUGCCGGCAGAGGACCCAAGCGCCCAGCAGACUCCAGCCAGAACCAGCCCAGUAAGCUGCAGCGGUUAGACUCCGCCCCUCGUGGUUCCGAACGUCACUUCGUGGAGCUGAUCGCUCAGAAGCAGCGGCUGCAGCAGCUUGAGUCCGAGUACGCCCUAAAGAUCCAGAAGCUGAAGGAGGCUCAGGCGCUGAGGAACCGAGGACUUCCUGCGGAGCCGCCGCGAGCCUCGACUCCACCUGACCGCCAAGUGCAGCCGCCGCCCUCCGGCGCCUUCACCGUGCCGCAGCCGUCCCUGCACGACCUCACGCAGGACAAAUUGGCCCUAGACAGCGAAGACGCUGCUGAGCCCGAAGAACCAGAACCUGCACCCUCCGCUGCAGCUAAAGGCGGCCGCCGCUCCUCCCUCCGCCAGUCCAGCAGCUCCUUUACCAAACCACACCUGGACACCUCCGCCCCCCCCAAAGACAGCGGCGCUAAGCUGACCAAGACCUCGCCCGGCUCUGAACCUCCCGCUGAGACGUCUGUGGGUCUGGACCUGGACGCUCUGAGACAGCGGUACCAGCAGCAGGCCCGGCUGGGAGACCUGCUGCUGGGGGAGCUGCACAAGCUGGGGGUAGCCGUGGACAGCGCCUCCGCUGGACAGGUGCUUCCUGUGGAAGUGGAAACGGCAGCGAGCCAAUCAGGCGGCUCGGAACUGAAGCCUGUUCCCUUUGGAGCCUAUCACAGUCCUCUGCUGGUGUUCAGGUCAUACAGGUUCAGUCCAUACUACAGGACCAAAGAGAAACUGUCGCUCAGCUCGGUGACCUUCAGCAACGUGAUCGAACCCAACAGAAGCUUCUGUCGCUUCGACCUCACGGGGACCUGCAACGACGACAGCUGCAGCUGGCAGCACAUGAGGAACUGUACUCUAACUGGGAACCAGCUGUUUGAAGACAUCCUGUCCUACAGCCUGCAGCUGAUUGGUUGUUCAGAGAGCAGCUCAGACGAGGACGUCGGUGCCGCUACAGAGAAGUACAUGAAGAAGUUGUUCGGUACCAACAAGGACCGGAUGGGUUUGGACCAGAAGGCCGUCCUGCUGGUCAGCAAAGUGAACGAGAGCCGACGUCACGUUCCUCCGUUCACCACCUGUAAGGACAUGAGGAGGUGGAGGCCCAAACCGGCUACACAGAACCGCCUCAGGACCGAGGAUGACGGCGAGGACGAGGCGGGUCACCUGACGCCUGGACGGACAGAUGACGUCUCUAAGUCCAGCCUGUCCACGCUGGAUGUCUGCGUCACCUCCGAGGAUCGACGCUACUUCAUCAGCGAGACGGACGACAUUUCCAACUUAGAGAGCAGCGUCCUGGAGAGUCCUCGAGACACUCAGCUGUGGAUCAAACUGGCCUUCAAGUACCUGAACCAGAGCGAGACCCCUGCAGCAGAGAGCCUGGAAGCCGCCCUCAACACGCUGUCUCGAGCUCUGGAGAGCAACUGUGACGACCCUGAAGUGUGGAGCCACUACCUGUCGCUGUUCUCCAGGAGAGGCAGCCGCGAGGAGGUGCAGGAGAUGUGCGAGAUGGCGGUGGAGCACGCUCCAGACCACCGGGUCUGGUGGAACUACCUGAGCCUGGAGAGCUCUUUCGAGGGGAAGGACUACGUCUGCGAGCGUCUGCUGCACUUCUUGCAGGAGGAGGCGUCCUCUGGUGUGUCGGAGAAACUGUCCUUCCAGCUGAUGGAGGUUCUGCUCUACAGAGUCCAGCUCAGUCUGUUCACCGGUCGCAUGGAGAGCGCUCUGGCCCUGCUACAGAACGCCUUGAAGUCGGCUCAGGACCGGAGCAUCGCCGAUCACCUGCUGCCGGCCGACCGGGCGCUGCUCUGGCUCUCCUUCAUCCACCUGACCGAGUUCGACCGGCUGCCUUCCGGCCUGCUGGACCCGGCGGAGUCCGGCCCGUCCAGGCUGGUGAGCAGAGAAUCCUUCAUGCUGCCGUGGAGGACGGAGCAGGACGUCAGCACGCCGCCCGACAUCCUCAUCGCCCUGUUCCAAGACGCCAUCAGUCAGUGCAGCGACGAGUCUGACCGGACGCUGGUCUGCCUCCCUCUGCACACCAACCUCAUCCUCCUCCACAAGCUGCUGCACAGGUACGACGAAGGUGUCGCUCUGUGUGAGUCUCUGCUGGAGCUUCGUCCGGACUCAUGCGCUUUGAGAGACGCCCUCGCCGACCUCCACCUACAAAGAGGGAACGGCGAGCAGGCAAUGGGGGUGUGGCUUCACGCUCUGGCAGAGUGUCCUCACAAUGCAGAGGUGUUCUACCGUUGCUGCAGGUUCCUCAUGGCUCAGGACCAGUCGAGCGCCGUCGUCCCUCUGUUCCGGGGUUUCGUCCUGUCAUUCUGUGACGACCAGCACAGUCAGAGCACACCUGUGGACGUCCUGCGUCUUGUCCUCGGUUUUCCUUCCAAUCACCUGCUCAGAGGUUCGAUCAUCAGGAAGGAGCUUCAGGAGCAGCUGAGUCAGCAGAAAUCCUUCCUGCACCUGAUUCACUGUCGCUGGCAGUGGCUGCAUGGUUCUGCAGAUCAGACGGUGGAAGCGUUUGAGAGAGCUCUGGGCUCAGCGCUGCAGCUGGAUGAGCUUCACACGCUGUGGAUGGACUACCUGCUGUUCAGCUGCAGCCCGCAGGCCCGCGACCCAGCUUGGGCCAGACGCUUCUCCGACUUGGUGCAGCGCUGCCUCAGCACGGUGCCAAUCCGCCUCCAAGUUCCCUUCAACCCGGCAGAGUUCUGGAGCUGCUACAGCUUCCACAACAAGGUGGUGACUCUGUACCUGAGCUGCCUGCCGCCGUCCCAGCAUGCACUGGUGCUGGAGAGGCUGCGAUACGCGAUGCCCAACAACACCGAGCUGGGACUGAGGUUGCUCCAUCAGGAGUUUCAGGAUGGGAACAUGGAGCAGCUGAGGUUUCAGGCCCGUAUGCUGAGCAGCAGCGCCCCCAGGUGUCUGUCGGUGUGGAAGAUAGCGAUUGCUGUGGAGAGGGAGCUGAAGCAGCGGUCGGAGGUGAGACUUCUGUAUCAGCAGGCCAUCCAACAUCUGCCUCUUUCUGCUGCCCUGUGGACUCAUCGGCUGCUGUCCGAGGCAGCAGAGGGCGGAGCCUGGGAGAAGGUGCGUCGCCUGGUGGACUGCUGCCAGCAGGUGGGGAUCAGCCUGAGUCUGAGCGAGCGUCCGGGGGGCGUCGGCCGACCGAUCGGCGAGGACCUCUGAGCAAACUGAUAAUAAACUAAUCAGAGGCUGCAGGUGACUGAGUGAGAGACGAGGUAAGGCAGACGUCCCUCCUCCCCCACCUCCUGCAGCUCCUCCCCCAGGACGGAGAGCUCCUCCCCCAGGACGGAGAGCUCCUCCCCCAGGACUGCUCGUGUCCGUAAGUAUGUCCUGCUGAGUGACGGCUUCACUCUUCAUCACCUUCUCUUUAGUUCUCCCCUUUCAGUUGGAUUCAUUUCCCUCCCUGUUAUUCAUUCUGAGGGGGGGUGUGGGGCAGUGGGGGGCAGGGGGGGGUAUCAGGGUGUAUCUGUGCUGUUGUACCCCCCUGUGUGUUUUAAAUUUACCCCCAGAGUGACGCUGCAGCUCGUUUCUUUUCUUUGUGUCCGAGGAAACGCGGACUUUUAUUUGUUUAAACUGAACAGAAGCAAACUGAUCAUUGAUUGGCUAUCGGCGGCCGCCUGCCUGUGUAGUGUCCUCUGAUUGGCUGCCACAGAGACUGAUCCCGCCGCCGCAGAACUGAUGUGAAACCGGUGUUUGUCAGAACGAUUAAAGAGAAUCAGCAGCAGAGCCGCCGUCCUCACUGUGUUUUCUACAUUAAUGUCAUUAAAUUAUUUUCUACAAA